AUGGGGGCGGGGCGCCGCGCGCCUGCGCAGUUCUCAGCCGACGGGGGGCGUGGGGAGAAGGGAGCGCCGCCGCUGGCUGAUCGGUCCGAGCGGCAAGAUGCAGGACCCCAAUGCAGACACAGAGUGGAACGACAUCUUGCGAAAGAAGGGUAUCCUGCCUCCGAAGGAAAGUUUGAAAGAACUGGAAAAGAAAGAGGAUGAGGAAGAAGAACGGCGGAUUCUCCAGCAGUCAGUGGUGAAAACAUAUGAAGACAUGACUUUGGAAGAGCUAGAAGAAAAUGAGGAUGAGUUCAACGAGGAAGAUGAACAUGCUAUUGAAAUGUACAGGCAGCAAAGACUUGCCGAAUGGAAAGCAAGACAACUAAAGAACAAAUUUGGGGAAGUGUUGGAAAUCUCAGGAAAGGACUAUGUUCAAGAAGUGACCAAGGCUGGCAAGGGCUUAUGGGUUGUCCUGCACCUUUACAAACAAGGAAUUCCUCUCUGUUCCCUGAUAAACCAGCACUUUAGUGCACUUGCAAAGAAGUUUCCAGAUGUUAAAUUUGUUAAGGCCAUUUCUACAACUUGCAUACCCAACUAUCCAGAUAGGAACCUGCCCACGGUGUUUGUCUACCUUGAAGGGGAUAUCAAGGCCCAGUUUAUUGGGCCACUGGUGUUUGGUGGCAUGAAUCUGACAAAGGAUGAAUUAGAGUGGAAAAUAUCAGAAUCCGGGGCUAUCAAAACAGACUUGGAGGAAAACCCAAAGAAGCAAGUUGAGGACAAAUUGCUGUCAUCCAUCAGGUGUUCUAUCCCAACAAAGACAGACAGUGAUUCUGAAGAUGAUUAGUCCUUUUAGCAGUGCACAAACUAUGCUGAACUUUCUUGGCAAACUAUACGGUUUGGGAUCAAUCCUUUGAAAAAGGUUACUGUAAAAUAAGUGGAUAUGACCCAUUUGAGAGCUAUUGUAUCUGGGAGGGGAAAACUACUUUUCUCUCCCUUUUUAAUUCACGUUUGCCUUUUACAAUCCAGUGCACUUUUGAAAUGCCUCAAGCUGGCUAUUCUAUUACAAAUUUCGGAACAUUGUCACCAAGUGUAUGGUUUCCUUUGGUAAAUGACAAUCUCAUUUAUUUAAAGUGGAUUUGGGGGUUGUUUUUUUGACAAACGGUUGCAAUUUACCUUUAAAGUUUAAAAGCCAAUGGCAUAACACUGAAUCGGCAUUUUUCUCUGUGCAAAAUGUUUUUAAUGAAUUUUUAAAAAUUGUGAAUACAUUAUACAAUACAAUAAAACAUUUUGACCAUUAGACCUCA